AAAAGAAGUAGAAGAAAACCAAUGCGCAUGCGCCAGUAGAUGCGAAAAUGGCGGCACUCCUGGAGCAGGAGUUGGAGGCGUCAGAGAUUUCAAAAUUACCCAAAACAGUUCAAAGUAAACUAGAGAAAAUUAUUUCCGAUCGUCUGUAUGAAAUCGAUUCAUUGAAAGCACAGCAUGAACUGUACCGGGUUAAUAGCGAACAACAGUUUUUUGAGAAGGCUGAACAGCUCAGCCAGAGGCAAACAGAACUUUUGUCCCAAACACAAGAACUCCUCAAACUGAAAGAGGAGAUCUCCAAACUCGGUGAAGAGCUCAAAGAUGCCCGGGAGAGGAAUAGUGAGUUUGAGUCUGUGCAGGAGAGAUUGUCAUCGGAGCAGACUUUGCUCACAAAAGUCAAAGAAGACCUGGAGGCAGAAAAACUUGAACUUGUGCGAACGCUGGAGAGGAGGUCCUUGGAAGUGGAACAUUUAAAUGAUGACUUGAGACAGCUCAAUGAUAAGUUAGUGGAUGUCAGCACCUCUAAGAUGGCUCUGCAGAUGAAGUUAGAUGAGCUUGAAGCUGCAGAAAUCAACAUUAAGUACAAGGAGAGGCGUAUGGAGCAAGAGAAGGAGCUGCUACACGGACAAAUGACUUGGUUGAAAGAGGAGUUGAAGGCCAAGACCGAAGAACUGCUGUCUUUGUCUCGGAAGAAGGGGAAUGAAAUCCUGGAGCUAAAAUACUCUCUGGAAAGUAAAGUGGACGAGUUAAAUAAACUCCGAGAUCAAGUGACCAGUCUGAAGACUUCAAACGAGCAACUUCAGAAACAAAGCGAGGACAUGAUCAACAAACUGAAAGAAGCUAAGGACCAACAUGCUAGCAUGGAGGAGAAGUUUCGAAAUGAGCUGAAUGCAAACAUUAAGCUUUCUAAUCUGUACAAGGAAGAAGCUGCGGACGCCGAAACAAAAAGCGAGGAGCUGAGUCGGGCGGUGGAUGAACUGCAGAAACUGCUCAAAGAUGCUGGUGAAGCCAACAAGUUUCUUGAAGAAAAGCUGCAGGAAACAAACAGUGCAACAGAAAAAACUGUUGGUGAUUUGAAGGAAAGGAUUCAGAGCCUCGAGAAAGAGCUGGACAACGCCAACGAACUGCUGUCAAGUGCAAAGAUCAGGGGCCCCGCUGGUACAGCUGUGUUGACAGAGGAGCAAAUGACAACCAUGUCUCCAACAGCAGCAGCUGUCUCCAAAAUCAAACCUGGCAUGAAACUGACUGAGCUGUACACGGCGUACCUGGAGAGCCAGGAGCAGCUGCAGCUGGAGCGACUGGAGAAUAAACGAGUCAACAAAUAUUUAGAUGACAUUGUGCAGGAAGUUGAAGCCAAAGCCCCAGUCCUCAAACGGCAAAGGGAUGAGUAUGAGCGCAUGCAGAAGUCUGUGUCCAGCCUUUCUGCCAAGCUGGAGCAGGCUGAGAAGGAGGUGCUUCGUCUGCAGAAUGAAGCUGACGAGUCCAACAAGCGGGCGUCCCUCCUGGAACGGGACAACCAGCGGUUUGAACUCCAGCAGGCUGAUUUGGCUCAACAGGUUCGUGUGCUACUGAUCGAGCUGGAAGAAGCUCGUGGAAACCACGUGCUUCAUGAAGAGGAUGUGAGCUCAGCUGAUGUCAGCAGCACUUCAGAGGUCAUCAGCAAACACCUAGUUACCUUUCGCAGCGUGGAGGAGCUUCAGACCCAAAACCAGCGACUUCUGGUGGCGCUCAGGGAGCUCGGUGAUGCCCAAGAGAGAGAGGAGGCCGAGACCUCAGGAGUUAGGCGUGUGGAGCUGGAGCAAAGUUUGGAGAGACUCCAGGCUGAUUUGGAGUCUCUGAAAGAGCAACGCAAUCAGCAACUAAAGAUGGCCGAGUCGCUCGUAAGGCAGAGGGACAUGUACCGCGUGCUGCUGGCUCAGGCAACAGGAGUUGCUUUCUCCCACCAGGGCACACCGCCUGAUGAGUUUUCUCUGACGACAACCCCUCGACGUUCACCAGCAGCCACCCCCACCACAGGAACUCCCACCGCACUCGUCUCUAUGGCUGCUGAGUCCGCUGAGGUCAUUGAGGCCAAAGCUGCUCUGCGACAGUUACAGGAAAUGUUCUCUGCCUACAAGAAGGAGCGGCUGGAGAGUGAAAAAUUGAUGACUCAGCAGAACGAGAAGCUCCAGGAGCAGCUGUCUGACCUCCGCUCUCAGAAUGCAAAGAUAUCAACCCAGCUGGAGUUUGCCUCCAAGAGGUACGAGAUGCUGCAGGACAACGUUGAAGGCUACAGGAAAGAGAUUGCCUUGCUUAGAGAGAAAGAACAGAAGUCGAUCGCCGCCAUGCAGAAGUUGGAGCAGGCCGUUCACACUUUGAAUGAAGAUUUGAAAACCGCCAAGGAGAAACUCUCCAUGGCUGAGGGUGAUGCUGAGAACCUUCGCAAGGAGAGAGACAUGCUAAAGCUGGUGGAAUCCCGCUUGAAGCAGGAGAAGGAGACAAUCCUGAGCCAAAACCAGAACCAGAACCUGCUACUGAGCAAUCUUCAGACUAUUCAGUCCACUCUUGAGCGUUCAGAGACUGAAACCCGUCAGUGUCUCAGCAGCCAGAUAGAAAAGCAGGAACAGCUGAUCUCCCAGCUGCAGAAAAAGCUCGAGGAAGAAGUGGAACAGCACCACCUGUUCAGCAGAAAUCAGGAGUUGAUGGAGGUGAAGAGGCAAUUGGAGACUCAGAUUGCUUCACAUCAGAAAACCAAGGAGCUGCUGACCGCUGCAGAGUUGGAGCUAAACACCCUGAAGAUGCAGCAGGGCAGCGCUGAGACCCGCUACACCCUGAGCUCCCCAUCUACACCAGUCAUCAGAGGUCAACAGGGUUUGGAUCAGGACCAGGAGGAGCUCCGGGGCCGCCUGCAGGUGGCCGAAACCCAGGUGGAGGAGCUGACGGAGAGCCUGAAGGCUGCUACCUCCAGCAUGGAGCAAUACAGAGCAAUGGCUCAAAGCCUGGAGGAAUCUCUGGAGACAGAGAAACAGGUAACAGAGCAGGCUCGCUCAUCCAUUGCGGUCCAUUUGAAUGAGGCCGAGGAGCAGCGGCGUGGGCUGGAGGCGAAGCUCCUGGAAUCGGAGAAAGAAAAGCAGAACUUUGAGGAGCAGAAGAGGAAAGCUGUUGCUUCUCUUGAGGAGCAGAUAAAUGACCUGAGGAGGAGCCUCAGCGAGGUGCAGGCUGAUUACCAGGCUGCGCAGGAGCAGCUGGCUGUGUGUAAAACUCAGCAGCAGCAGGCUCUGCAAGACAGCCAGGAGCAGGCUACGCGGGUUGCUGAGGCUCAAGAUAAAUAUGAGCAAGAGAUGUUGCUGCACGCAGCUGAUAUGGAGGCUCUGCAGGCUGCCAAGGCCCAGGCUCAGCAGGCUACUGAGUUCAAACAACAUCUGGAGGAGAAAGUCCAGAGGCUCAGUGCUGAGUUACUGGAGGCCAGAGUCUCCUGGGAGGAGCAGGAGAAGAUCCUCAAGGAAGAGAUGUCUAAAAUGGAGAGCCGCUAUGAGGAGCUGCAGAGGCAGAACACUCUCCUGCAUGAGCAGGUCCAGACGAUCAGCGGCAGGCUAGCUGCUAGCAUACAGAGUGUGGCCGGUGAGAGUUCACUGAACGUGUCUCUGACUGAAGAGGGCAAAUCUCAAGAACAGCUUCUAGAGAUCCUCCGGUUUGUGCGUCGAGAAAAGGAGAUAGCAGAAUCCCGUUUCGAGGUCGCCCAGGGGGAGAGUUUACGUUGCCGACUGAGAGUGGAGCACCUGGAACGUGAGCUCAAAGAGGUGCAGGACACCUUAAGUGCUGCAAGAGAAAGGAUGCAGGUCACUGCAAAGACGCUCGCUCAACAUGAUGAGCUAAUGAAGAAGACUGAAACGAUGAACAUUCUAAUGGAGACCAACAAGAUGUUGAGAGAGGAGAAAGAGAAGCUGGAGCAAGAACUGCAGCAGGCUAAAGCGAAGGUGCAGACGUUGGAGUCGGACGCCUUGCCGCUGCAGCAGGUUAACACUGAGCUGAGUGAGAAGAGCGGGAUGCUGCAGUCGGAGAAGGUGCUGCUGGAGGAGGAAGUCAAGCGCUGGAAGGCUCGAACUCAGCAUUUGGUGAGUCAGCAGAAAGAUUCGGAUCCUGACGAGUUUAAGCGCCUGCAUACGGAGAGGGAGGGGCAUCUGAAACGCAUCCAGCAGCUCACCGAGGACAACGCUAGACUCAAAGCAGAGUUGACCAAAUCAAAUAAUCUCACAACCGCCAUUCAGAGUCAAAUGCAGAACUUACGUGACAAUAUGAGUAAGGUGAACGAGGAGAGGAACACGCUGAAGAAGGAAAUAGAGACCAAAAACGAAGAACUUCUGGAUAAGAUGCGAACUAUUAACCAGGUUAAGAAGAUCGGACGCCGCUACAAGACUCAGUUUGACGAGCUGAAGUCAGAGCAUGAUAGGCUGUUGGCGGAGGCAGCAGCGGGCCCGUCCCAAGACGAGGAGGCACGCCAAGCUUCGGUUCAAGAACUGCAGAGGGUGAAAGACUCUUUGAACCAGGCUGAAACCAGGACCAAAGAGCUGGAAGGACAGCUGGAGAACACCAACAAGGUGACUGUGGAGCGAGAGGCUGAAGUACGCAGUAGCCAGGAACAGUGUUCCAGGCUGCAGACGGAGCUGACCAGGCUGAGGCAGGAGCUGCAGGAUAAAGCUUCUCAGGAGGACUCUCUGAAACAGCAGAUGGCCGAGAAGGAGGAGAAGACCAGGAAGGCUCUUGUUAUUGCCAAGCAGAGGAUCACCCAUCUCACUGGUACCAAAGAUCAGCUGCAGAAGGAAAACGAGGAACUAAAGCAGCAGCGAGAUGAAUUGAAGACGCAGCGGGAAGAACUGGAGAUGAGAGUGAGUGCUCUCAAGUCUCAGUACGAGAGUCGGCUUAGCAAACAGGAGAGAGGACUCCGAGAACUGCGAAGUCAACAGGAGAGACAAGAUCAGAGAGAUGAGCAGCCUGAGGCUGGUCCCAGCAAGAUUCAAGAGCAGCAGAGGAGUGCCGAACAGAGGCAGAUCAGUCUGAAGACUACUUCAUCUGCAGACAGGAGCAGCGCCAGCACUUCUGACCCUCCUCCGACUGCCAACAUUAAGCCAACGCCUGUAGUCGCCACACCCAGCAAACAGACCAACAACCCGGGAAGUAAACCCACUCCACGAGCAAGCAUCAGACCCAUGAUUACCCCGGCCCCCGUGCCCACACCAACACCAACUGCUACAGUCAUGCCAACCACACAGGUGGAGACCCAGGAAGCCAUGCAGUCGACUGAAAGCCCACCGGUGGAGCACGUGACCGUGUACGGCAGUGCCAGUGGUUCUGUGCGCUCCGCCAGCCCAAAUGUCCAGACCACUUUAGCUAGUCCCAUGUUGACCGUGCAGCAGACCCAGACCCAGGCCACGGCAUUUGUUCAGCCGACGCAACAACAGAGUGUGACCCACUCAGAACCGGCCAGUCAGGACCCUCUGCCAGUUGUGAUCGAGGCAACGCCCAGUUCUCAGGUGGAAUGGCCAUCAACGUCUUCCACUUCCUCUGUGUUUGGCACUGUUUCAGCGACACCGGGAACUUCUGCUUUGUCCAAGAGGCCUCGUGAGGAGGAGGAAAGCAGCGUCGUGACCGCUGAGACCGAAACAACCCAGGAGGACACCUCCAGGACUCCCAUAGCCAAAAAGCUGCGCAUGAUCCAGAGAGUGGGCCCAGAGGAGGAGGUUCUGGUUGAGGAGAGUGGCGAAGCUGAAGGCGUAGUUCCAUCGGACAGUCAGGAUGGUGCAGAGCCAAGCCAGACGGAGGAGUUCUCUAACCUGGAGGAAAUGGAGGAUGAUGUCGCUACUCAGUCCAUCAUGGAGCACGGGGUCACCCCAACCCAAAGUGAGACCCAAGACCCUCUGCCGCAGGAGGUCAUUGUCAUCCUGACUGACUCUGAGAGUGAAGAUGAGCAAGACGACGACGACGAGGAAGAAGAGGAAGAGCAGGAUUAUGUGGAGGAGGAGGAAGAAGAUGAAGAAGAGGAGGAGGAGGAAGAUGAAGAAGAGGAGGAAGACGAUGGAGAGAUGGCAGAGGAAGGAGACGACAGUAAUGAGGGGAGUGGAGAUGGCAAUGAGGCCUAUGAAGGGGACGACACAGAGGGAGCUGAUGUCACAGACCCGGGCACAGAGACAGAGGAGAGUCUGGGGGCGUCUGACUCCACCCAGAGGCCUGCAGAUUCCCAGACUCCCAGCUUUGAGGGGAGCUCCAUGGAGGCCGUCUCCUCUGACCAACCAAUCACAAGUUCUGGCACACGUAUGCCUCCGUCACCACGGAGACCUGUGCAUCAGCUGCCGCCUCGACUGAACAUCCAUCCCGCUCUGACAUCAGAACUUGGACCGCCUCGCGUUCCUGUACGGCGCCAGUCAGUAGGCAGACUCACCCCUGGGAUGUCGAGCACGGCUCAGCAGCAACAUUUCUAUGAGGAAGAUGACAGAAUGGUUCCCAGUACUCCCACUCUGGUGCCUCCUCGGUCUGAUGCUUUUGACCAGGCCAUCCAUUCUCCCCAGGUUGCAGGAGUCCCUCGGUUCAGGUUUGGCCCUUCAGAAGAUCUGCCACAGACCAGCUCCUCCUCACACUCUGACCUGGGACAGCUCGCUUCACAAGGAGGUCUUGGGAUGUAUGAAAGUCCUCUGUUCCUGGCAACUCAUGAAGAGGAAGCUGGUGGACGCAGCGUUCCCACCACUCCGUUACAAGUCACUGCUCCAGUAGUGUUCUCAGAAGUAGCACAGUCUGACACAACGGAGCACGCCUCCCAGUCCGUUCCCAUGGUGAGCACAUCUACACCCAGCCUAGUUGUACCAGGAACGGCCGGUCCAGGGGAGGAGAGAGACAUUUUCCUGGAGCCAGACACUGAUAGACCCAGUGUUGAGGUGUCCAUGGAUCCUGUAGUGUCUCAGGGAGACGCAGAAGACCCGAGUCAACCAUCUGACAGGUCCAACCUUCCUUCCACCAGCCAGGAGCCCUCUUCCAGCUCUGCAGCGAGUCACGUGUCUGCAGAUACAAGCAGCGCUCCCCCUAAACUCUAUCGGCCUGGACCCAGUAGACAGCUGCAGCGCAGAGGUCAGGCCUUCCCGUCCCGGGGUGUCCCUGGAAGACGAUUUCUGAGAUGAAUCACCGACAUCCACCAUUCCAUCAGAAACACGUUUCGAUUCGUUUCUUGGUGUUUUUCUCUUGUUCUGGCGUCUGGUUUUGGUUUUAUUGCCGGUUUUUGUGUGUUGACGUUGCCGUUGAGAAGAAAAUAAAAAUCAGAUCUGAUGGAAGCUGCCUGAUAGGUGCUGCUUUGAAGUUAAACACUUUUUGGACACUUGAAGAAGGCAUUGGUUUGAGGCGUCCCGUUUGGUUGAGGAGCUGCGACGACGGGUCGUUCACCAUCCAUCCUCACGUUGUACGUUGUUGCUGCAAAAGAAAUGACAUCUCCAGUCUACACAACUGCUUAUAUUAAUGCAUUUAGGAUGUUUUAAUGUGGCUGGGAGUUUCCAACUAGUGGAACUAAAACCAUCAGUUUGUUUUUCCAGAAGUUGUGACUGUGUGGUUGUGGAAAAAGCAUUGGAGUGGCUCGUCUGAUUUUUAAGAGCUGUGGUGUUUUGUGAAUGAUGUCAACGACUAGACGGUGAAAACAUCCUUGUGUUCUGCUGACUUUACUCAGAAGCUACUCAGAUCUUUGUAUAAUUUAAAAUCCAACACUUUUUACUACACAAUAAAAGCCUUAGGUGAAUAAAA